AUGGCAUCCCCAUCCCUGGAGGACUACAGGCGCCUCUACUUCGAAGAAAAGAGAGCAAAAGAAGAGGCGGCCAAAGAGGCGGAUCGGAAAAUCGAAGAGGCGAAUCGGAGAGUCAAAGAGGCGGAUCGAAGAGUCGCACAAGCCGAAGAUGGAAACCGCGAUACAAAUCUGCCUGAGUAUCUAGAUGCCUGCUACGAGAAUUUUCAUCUCAAUCUCGCUGUUCAGCUUGAUCCUACGCAAUCUACUCAGGGCUGUCCCGCGAAUGCAAACAACAAGCUGCGACCUGAUCGUCUCGUGCUCUGGGAAGAAUUUCCAAAGGAGCAGGCGGCGAUAUGGGAAAAGCUUGUCGAGUCAGAUUUUGCUGAUAAGCGCUGCUUCACAUCAAAGUAUGGCAUGCAGGCUUAUGGCAAAACGUUGAAAAAGUUGAUAGGCUCAGAGUCUGAUCUCAACCACUUUCUGCGAACCACCAUCGAAACUCCUGUCCGGCUAAUCGUUGAGCAACUAUACAACAGCGCCAAAUUGCGGCGUACCUUUCGACUCCAGGGAUCUGUAGAUUUCGAAAAUCAUUCCAACACUCUCAGUCAGGAGGGUAGGGCAUCCGCAGCCACAGGGCGUCGAAGGUCUCCACGCCUAGAGGAAAAGGCAAAAGAGGCGGAGAAAGAUGCAAAAGAAGCGGAGAAAGAUGCAAAAGAAGCGGAGAAAGAUGCACUCCCUCCGUCGACCCCUGUGGCUGCACCCCGACAACGUCCUCGUCCAGAUCAGAUCUGCGUAUACAACAUACAACAUCGCAAACGAACCGCAGCGUUUGUCAUGGAAUAUAAGGCGCCACACAAAUUGCCCCUUAAUUUCAUGUACGAUGGGUUCUAUGACAUGGACCUCAAAGAUGUGAUCCAGUGCGAGACCAAUAUCCCAAAAGACCGUUUCAGCCGAGUUGUUGCUGCGGUCAUCACACAAGCAUUCUCCUAUAUGGUUCGCAUGGGAGUGGAGUUCGGCUGCGUGUCUACUGGCGAAGCAAUGAUCUUCUUGCGCGUGCCCGAAGAUCCUAGGACUGUGUACUACUACCUUUCUGUCCCUAAGGGUGAUGUGGGAGAGACUACUGGAUGGAAUGCCGGUUCGGAGUCUGCCAAUCGCUUGCAUCUGACAGCCGUUGGACAAAUGCUCGCCUUCACGCUACGGGCAUUGCAAGUGUCCCCGAGAGAACAGGGGUGGCGGACUAAAGCUGAGAAUGAGCUGAACAGCUGGGAAAUGGCUUAUGACGAAGUGCUGCAAACAAUCCUCAAGUCAGAUACGAAGUCAUCAGUGUAUCGACCGCCAAAGCAUAAGGGCUUUCUGCGCAUGUCGCCAAUUCAGCUUCGAAAAAGGAGGCACGCACCACAAGACGAGCAUGAGCCCGACACUCCGAGCCGCAAGCCUGAUUCGUCCCGACCUGCUGAAAAUACUUCGUCUAGCUGCGAUGAACCAGAGGAUCAGUACCAUAGCGAUAGUGACGAUUCUGAUCCCGAAACCCUAAGUCGCAAGCCUAUUCCGUUUCGGUCUGGCCGCAAAAUUGAAAGAGCCGGCACGAGUACCAGCACGAGUGCCGGUACGAGUGCAGACGGUUCAACCCAUCAAUCGAGCCAAGAUAAUCAGAAACGAUCGUAUUGUACCCAAAGAUGCCUUCUUGGCCUAGCCCGGAGAGGAUUUCUUGAUCCAUUGUGUCCAAACGCGCAAGCCCAUGUACGGAAUCAACAAAGUAUGCAAGACUAUGGACAAAUUCGUCACUCGAUCACCUCUCAAGGCUUCCGCACUCGCAUACGCAAACAGCUCGCGGAAAACCGAGACGUCGAUUGCUAUCCUGAGGGCGUGCAUGGAGCAUGUGGCGCUUUGUUCCAGGUCACACUGAGGUCGCACGGAUAUACCGUAGCAGCAAAAACAAGUCCGAUGGAGAAUGCUUGUUUUAUUCAACAAGAGGCGGAGUUCUACCAGCGCCUGCGGUCACUCCAGGGCAUCACAGUACCAGUUCAUCUGGGGAACAUCGAUCUAGAGUUGCCCUAUUAUUAUGAAGGAAUACCGCUAUAUCAUAUGAUGUUCAUGAGCUUUGGAGGAAAACCUCUAUCCCAACAUCUUUCCGAAGAGAAUCGUACUUCCAUUUCCCAACAGAAAGCCGUCGCAGAGCAGAAAAUUCGCGACAAUGGGGUGUUGCAUCUGGAUUUUGAGAAUCGUAACAUUCUCUGGAAUGAAGAAAACAAUAGCAUCAUGGUGAUCGACUUCGAGCGAGCUGAGGCCAUCAAACCCCGGAGAGCAUUGGGUAAGAUUGCUGCCAAUCGAAAGCGAGCGCGAGAUCUCGACAUUCGAGGGAGUCGCGCCGGCAAAGUGGCAAUCGGUUGA